AUGCCAGGCGAGAAACGGCAUGUGGCUGCGUUGGCGGGGGAGAAAGAGGCUCUUGGAGCGAACUGGAAGUCGGCACAGUGUGUGACAUCGCUCUAUGACUCGUAUAUUCAAGUGCAGAAGGAGAACGAGCAGCUGCGUGAAGAUGUUCGACGACUCGAGCAGAGCGAGUUGCUGGCAAAGGUCAACGUGAUGCAAGAGCCUCAAGACACGAGAUACGAUCAAUUAGAGCAGGAGAUCAGACUCCUACGUAGUGAGAAGUUGCGGAUGGAGGAGACCCAUCGACUGGAGCUACAGAAGCUCGAAGCUCGUGUAGCCAUGAGUGAGACCCAGCACCAGCAACUUGUAGCCAAGUACAACGAGAGAUUUGAAUUCGAUCCACUUGAAGCCAAACGAGCCGCGAUGGCUGUCAAAACCAUGCAGAAUACACUACAGAACGUUGUUCUGGAGAAGGAGGAAAUUGGAAUACGAUACGGAGAGCUUAAGGACCAAUACCGGAAGUUCCAUAACGAACAGAUGGAUACAAUCCAGAAAUUAAAACAACAACUGAAGAUGCUAGAGCAGCAGAGAGUCAGGAAUGGACACCAACGAGUGGUUAAUGCGUUGGCAACUUGGUCGACGAAUAAGGUGCUGAACGCGUGGAAUAAGUGGAUCGAGCAGGCAAAAGAGAAGAGGCGAAUCGAUGAGAAUACUCAGAAAAUGGCUACAUUUGAACGUAAAGUUGACGACCAAGUUGCGAAGAUUAGAGGGAACCAGGCUGCAAAUUUUGCAAUGAAGCUACUGCAACAAGCAGCAAGACGAGAUUUCAUGCUAUGGAAAGAUUAUGCACGCCAAAAAGUGGAGCGACGCAAUAAGAAAUUUAAAUUUCAAGAAGAACACUCAAGAAGAAUUCUUCAACGCGUUAUGACAUGUUGGCGGCAAGAUUUUCAAAAAGAGAAGGAUAUUCGGGAUGGAAUUUUCAAAAUCGAACGGCUUCUAACUUUUAGCUUACGUCGUUGCGGGGUGAGAAAGUGGAGUAUAGAGAUGUUCCGUCUUGCAUUAAAGGAGAAGGAUCAGAGAUGGAGCGCUUUGAACGGGACGGUGGAGCUCCAGACCACGAGACUUAUCGAUUUAGAGAGGGAUCUUGAUGAAGCUCGAAAUGCAAACCGAGAACUUCAGAUACGCCAGGAGGAGGAAAAGAUGAAAUAUGCUAAGAAAAUCGAGAAACAACAAGCUGCUGCACUAGCAGUGCGUCAGAAACUCGGGCGGUUCUUCACUAAACAAUCUGAUCGACAAUUACUGAAAGAUACACUGCGUGAGUGGAAGACUAUGGCGACGUAUCUGCUCGGAGUAAGGCAACAUUCCGACUUGGCGCUAGCAAAAAUGAAGAUACUUAAGCUCAAGAGAUCUGUGGAUAUCUGGCAUCAUAGAGCGCACCAGACUCACAGCAAACGUUUGAAAACCCAACAGAUUAUCAGUCGAAUGCGUUACUUAGGUGUUCUAAAAUGCUUCAACUCUUGGAAGGAAUCCAUCAAGCAUCAGAAGACACGAAAAGCAGCUCUAUUGUACGCUGUGAACCGGAUACGGAACCGAGGCGUAUCGCGUUGUUUCUUGCAGUGGGCGGCUUAUAAAGAGCAGCGAAUAGCUCUUCAAAGUGGAAUCAAAACCAUGGCUACCUGUGCUAUCAAACAGCAAGUUUUCUUCAUGUUCAGCUUAUGGAAAGAGCGAGUUGAGGAGCUGAAAAUUGCGGCUCAAGUGCGACAGCAGCAAAUGAUCCAACGUGCCUGGGAAAAUCGCCUGGAACAAGCGAAACGAGAUUUAAAUUUCCAACGCGAAUGUUUUACUCGAUGGUACAAAGUGGUUCUUCAAAGGCAAAGGCAAAAUAUUGUUGUGAAAAAAUGUUUGAAUCGACUAAAAAAUGGGUCUUUGGCAAAAUCGCUUGGUAGUUGGCGGGAGUUUGUCGAAACUCGAAAAACCCAACGCGAUCUAGUGCGUCGAUGGGUUACACGAUGCAAUACUGGCGCGUUACAGCGUACGUGGAAUCGGUGGCAACGGCAAAUGGUGUUGAAAGAGCAGCAGAUUUUGAUGCUGCGUCUUCAGCAACAGAGAGAUGCUGAGUUAAAACAACUGGAGACUGAAUUUGAGUUGUAUCGGAAGACUCAGGAGACACUUCGUGAAGCAGCGGAACAAGUUCAGAGAGAACAAGAGAAUACGUUAAAAGAAACGAGGACUCGUCUACAAGAAGAGACAAAAAGAGUUGAACGCUUGGGAUGUGCAGUGAAAAGCUUGUGCUCUAGUAAAGACCGAGGAUCUACGCGGUUGCGAGUCUUUAAAGCGUGGCUUAGCGUAACUCGACAAUCGAUUCACAACCGCAGCACUGUCGAGACAUUCCAGACUGCGUUGAACGUCCGACAAACGCGUGCAGUUAUGGCAAAGUGGAGACGUUUUACUGUUCAGCAACGACGUCUAAGAGCGGUAUUCAUCACAAGUUUAUCAUGUUUCUCGCGUUGGUGGCAGAUUCAGUGCUUUGCCGCAUGGAAAGAAGCUCGACGGAGGAGUAGAGCUGUGCAAGUAUUCUCCACUUUGUUGAUUCGUAACUCUGAAAUCUCCACAUCUCGAGGAGUAUUUACAGCAUGGAGAAAGUUGGCGAGGAAGAAUCAUUUGUUGCGUAAAACAUUAGAAAAAGUCUGGUUAGGCUCUGUGCACGCUAAGAUGCGUCAACAAUUUAGACAUUGGGUGGAAUUUACCAAGGCAGAGGCAGCGAAAGAGCAGAUUGAAAAGCGAAAUGUUGCAUUAGUUGCGAUCAGAGCUAAAAUUUGGUGGAAGCAGUCUGUAUCGACGAUGCGUUUUUACUUUUCAGAGUGGAGAGAGACGAUUGAAAAGAGGAAGAAACAGCGUCUAGCAGAGCGAAAGCUACUUCUAUUCCAGCAAACGCGUCUCGUUGCAGUGUGCUUUAAAGCGUGGUCUGAGCUUGUGGUGAUAAAGAGCAAAGAAGAAGAUCGAAAUCAACAUUUUUCGCGCUGGUUACACAAAAUUCAGUAUCGAAAGCAACAACGCGCAAUGACAUUAUGGAAAAUUCUUGUUAUCCGGAACCAACAGCGCGACUUGGAAGAACUGAAGAAGGUGAGGAAUACUCAGCAAGAGGAGCUGCGUCUUCAGCGGGAAGAAAUCGACUUGCUGAUGCAAAAUGCUGCUGAAAUGAAGCGCAAACUGGCUGCUGUCACCGACGAUCACGACGAAUCUACAACAAAAAUGCAGUAUUUGACUGAAUUUGGGUUGCUGACAAAAUAUUUCAAUGUGCUUAAAUUUCGGGUUUCAAUGAAAAGAUACCAACACCAAGCAGUCCACUUAUCCCAUAGGAGUGCUCGUCGACGACAGCUCGCAGAAAUGUUCUCCAACUGGUAUUCGUUCUCGCAGAAAAGUCGUGCGUUAAAGCUACGUGUUGCUCAAAAAAUCGGACGCAAUGACACUUUUCUUUCGCGUAAUAUAUUACGACAAUGGCGAUCUCUUGCUUCACAGCAGCGCGUGGUCAAGCAAAAACAGCGUAAAUUACAACAUCGAAUCCGUACCCGUAUCAUCAGAAACACAUUCAAAGAAUGGUUUGUAUCAAUUCGUCGAGAAAGGAACAUUUCUACAGCAAUGAAUCAACUGGAGAUCAUUGCUCGACGACUGAAGUUGAAGUUCACACUGUUAUCGUGGCAUCAAAGAACUAUUCAGGAGAGGAAUCAAGCUAUUCGAGAGAAAGAAAAGCAGAAGAGAAUCAUGCAGUUUUUGAUGGGCAGACUAGAAGCGGUGCUUGUGUGUACGUUCCAUUCGUGGAAAGAGUUCGCACAGUUUAAUCAGACCACUCGCGCUCAAGCUCUACAGCGUUAUACCACGAAAUGCCAAACAAUACUGGCAAUGUGCUGGAAUGCCUGGUGCUCGACUGUACAGACGGCGCGGCUUCAACGCAAAUCUACUCGGUGUAUACAGACCAUGAUGAAGCGCUUUUACUAUCGCAUUGCGUUGUCACGAUGGAGACGAUAUCGAUUCAUGAGCCAGAUUGGAACACUACAGACUGGCAACGAAACUCUAUCGAACCAAGUAGCAGAGACUACGCAGAAGCUACAAAGCAAAUCGAUGAGUGUAGACGAACUGUCAACUGAAUUGAUCAAACUCCAAGAAAAACUCGAUGAAGCAGAAUCGAGAUCCUCAGCUGUGAGUUUAGAAGUCACAUCUCAAGAGGUAAAAAGCAGCAAGCACUUGUUUUGUCUAAAGGCGCUAAGCAAGAUAUUGGCCAAGCGAACUGUACCCAGAGAGCUGUUCGAAGCGUUCUCUCUAUGGAAAACUAAACUAUUUGGUAUUCAAAGAAAACAUCGUGCCCUAGUUAGUGUGGCUAAUAUUCGACAAAGAAGGAAGCGUUUGUUCGCAUUUUGGUUGUGGAAGGUCAAGAUACUGCGAUGGCGACAGCUUGAUUCUCUCAGAAGACUAUGGGGCCGAAGUGAUCUGCUGGAAAUUCUCCAACGUUGGAGGAAGUUCUCAAUUGCUCAAGCAAAGCUGAGACUAUUCCUCACAAAGCGUUGUCUGCUAUUGUACUCCGAUCGGUGUUCACCUGUUUCAAUUACAUUUCGACUCUGGAAGACCAAGGCAGCAGCGAUUGAUCAGCUUGCAAAACUCCACACGAAGCUUCGAAACGAACAAGACUCAUCUACUGCUCAUUUACGGAGAUUGGCGCUAGGCAAAUGGUGCUGGAUAGCGUACCAUCACCGUCUUCGACAGAUGCGAGCUUUCCUUUCGCACUGUUACGUUAAGUCGACUAAAAACAACGCUGUAAGACAUCGCCGCUUUAUCGAGGAGAUGCAGUUGAAUAGUGAGGCUGCAAUAGCAAAAGUUAGAGAACAAAGCGAAGCGAGAACUCAAGAAGAGAUGGGGGCGUUAUCAGCUGCAGAGGAGCAAUUGACUGCUGGAGCUUCGUUUCAAGCACUGCAGACGCUAGUUCGUCGUUUAUUCCAGCCAACCUCGUUAAAAGACCUUUUUGUCGGUGUGUCCAGCACUUUUGCCCAGAUUUUACACGGCAGUGCAGCAGUUCUGUUCCUCUUCGACCCAAGUAGCAAUGAACUGUGGACGCAGCGCGAAGAGAAUCAACUGAUUCAAGUACCAGCAUCUCUCGGAAUUGCUGGUAGUACGUUAUCCAGUGGAUCAACGCUACUCAUCGUGGAUGUCUCAGCAGAUCCACGUUUCCAUCCCAUGGUCGAUCAAUUCGCGCUGAGCGGCUUACAACAGGAUGAUUCGACAGUUUCUCGAUCAAAUUUGAACUAUUCAAAGCCAACGCAUGGCAUGGUAUCAUCAGCUCUCGUCUCCACUGAUGGUGCAGUAUACGGAGUUCUCCAAGUGGCUUUCCCGACAUCGAGUCUUUCUCCAAUCGGCCGGCGAAUUCUUGUCACUCAAACGCAGCUUUACAGUAAAAUAUGCUGCUUCUAUGUGGAGCAGGUAAUUUUCGAGAUGCUUCGCAAUUGUCGUGAUCGCGUUCGAGCUCGAGUUCCCGAGAAGUUUAUCAAGUUAUUCAAGCAAAACAAAAACUGGCGGAAAUAUUACGCGUUGAUCGAGCGGAAAGCUGUGGAGUUAGACAACAAGCUUCGCGACGUGCUGGAAGAGCGCGAGCAGCUCAUUGUAUCCAAGAAUGAACUGCAAACUAAACAUCAAUUAUUGAAGGACAAACUCGAAUCUAGUGAACGCAACACGAAAAAUGUCAGCAAAUUGGUGACUGAUUGGAAGAAGAAGAUGACCAAGUGGCAAAAGGUUCUGGAUGAAAAAGACCAAGCGAUUGCUGAAAAAUCCAGCGCACUUGAGAGAGUAGAGAGAGAAUUUGAGCACUACAGACGAGAGCGACGCAGUAAGGACUUACAGUCUGUGCUGAAUUCACCUCGGACUACACAUGAAGAGUGUGAUGACUCUCCGUCGCUCAGCGAUCGUGGCCAGCUCAGUAUCCUCAGAGCAGAUAAAACCAGACUCAAGAGUCAACUAGUACGCGCAGAAGCAGAUAAUCUGCUGCUUGUCAAGGCCAUCAGCAUCUCCCGCAGCCAACAUGGAGAAUUACCGAGAACAAUCCAAGCAGAAGUGACUCGAGUAGCCACUCGAGUUUCACGUCGUGCAUCAUCCGAAGAAUAAACGAUAAAAGAGAGGUUAACCUACACAAAAGUCCAAUAUUUCCAAAGUUAUUUACU